UCCUGUGUCCACGGUGAACUACGUAGGUAAGCUAACGGUCGGCUUCUGCGAUCUGCUCUCUCCAUCGCACACUUGGUCUUCAUGGGGCUCCUCUCCUCAGCUCUCUUUGUCGCCUCUUCCAGAACCUUCCUCUUCCGUUUCCUCCGCCGCGCUCCCCCUUCUUUCGGCGGCCGUUCUCUCCGAUCGGACGCUGCAAGCGACCGCAGCGUCGCCUGGCCUCGCGUCCUUCUCCCCCUCGCCGUCGCCGCUUCUGCGGGAUCCGCCCUCGCCUUCGACCUCAGCCGCGUUUCUGCUCCUUGCCUCUGUGACCCCGGCCUCGAAUCUUGCGUCAGGAGAGGUGAUACGGACCGAGUGGUCAAGGGGUCUCGUACUGAGGUUAUUGAUGAGUUCAUCAGAGAGCUGAAAGAUGUUCUUCAGGACAACAUGACUGUCGACUAUGAAGAGCGUUUUUUUCACGGCACACCUCAGAAUAGCUUCCACAGAGCUGUGAAUGUACCUGAUGUGAUCGUCUUUCCAAGGUCACAGGAUGAUGUACAUAAAAUUGUUGUGGCAUGCAAUAAGUAUAAGGUUCCUAUUGUACCAUAUGGUGGAGCUACUUCAAUUGAGGGUCAGACUUUAUCCCCUCAUGGAGGUGUAUGCAUUGACAUGUCACUUAUGAAAGGAUGUCCAAAAAUUAAAUCGCUGAAUGUUGAGGACAUGGAUGUAGUCGUUGAGCCAGGGGUUGGAUGGAUUGAACUGAAUGAAUAUUUAAAACCAUUUGGCCUUUUCUUCCCACUUGAUCCAGGACCUGGGGCUACUAUAGGAGGCAUGUGUGCCACACGUUGUUCUGGUUCUUUAGCCGUAAGGUAUGGAACAAUGCGUGACAAUGUCAUCAAUCUUCAGGUGGUUCUAGGAAAUGGUGAGAUUAUCAAGACUGGUUCACGAGCUCGUAAAAGUGCUGCUGGGUAUGAUCUGACUCGUUUGUUGAUCGGAAGUGAGGGUACUUUAGGUGUAAUAACAGAAAUUACUCUGCGACUUCAAAUACUUCCUCAACAUUCAGUGGUUGCAAUGUGUAAUUUCAAAACAAUCAGAGAAGCUGCUGAUGUUGCCAUAGCCACAAUGCAUUCUGGUAUUCAGGUCUCAAGGGUAGAGCUCUUGGAUGAAGUUCAAGUGAAGGCAACUAACUUAGCAAAUGGGAAAAGUUUACCUGAACUUCCCACCUUGAUGUUUGAAUUUAUAGGCACAGAGGCAUAUGCACGAGAGCAGACACUGAAUGUUCAGAAGAUUGUCUCAGACCAUAAUGGCUCUGAUUUUGUGUAUGUUGAAGAUGCCAAUGCUAAAACAGAACUCUGGAGGAUAAGAAAGGAGGCACUUUGGGCUGCAUAUGCAAUGGCACCAGAUAAUUAUGAAGCAAUACUUACAGAUGUAUGUGUUCCUCUGUCAAUGCUGGCAGAAUGCAUAUCGAAAUCUAAGCAGGAGCUUGAUGCAUCACCAUUGAUGUGUUUUGUCAUAGCUCAUGCUGGUGAUGGUAACUUCCAUGCAGUUGUUAUGUUUGAUCCAGAUCAGAAAGAACAAUGCCAAGAAGCAGAAAGACUGAACAAUUUUAUGGUUCACACAGCCUUAUCCAUGGAAGGAACUUGUUCUGGAGAGCAUGGUAUCGGCACAGGGAAGAUGAAGUAUCUAGAAAAGGAGCUUGGAAUUGGGGCGUUAAGAACAAUGAAACGAAUAAAGUCUGUGUUGGACCCCAACAACAUCAUGAAUCCAGGGAAGCUGAUUCCUCCUCAUGUCUGUAUUUAAGAACUUUGUUGUAUGUGGAAGAGGAAAACUUUCAUUUCACCUUCCGAAAGUUUACUCUUUAGAAAAGACACCAGUAUUGUCGACUCUUUGUAGUUUUUAUUAAUCCAAAUGACAUAAUGUUAUUGUAAUAGUUUGAUUGAUUCAUAAAGAACAUUUAUCUAUGUUUUA